UUUCCAUCUUGAUCUCCAUUUGAGCGCGGAACACAAGAAAUAGUUAAUGUUUUUAAAUUGGAAAAGAAUAAUAUGUAUUGGAACGUGCCUUUUGUGUUAAUAUUAAGUUCUUUGCUCGGGAUGUGCCGAUCCGCAAACAUUGACGAAUGUGCCAUGAAUACGCCGUGCAAGAACACUGCCACGUGUCACAAUAUUAUCGCCGAUUUCCGAUGUGAGUGCGUACCGGGUAACAACGACAAAUCCUGCUCCACCGUAUGCAACUCCGACAAGAAGGCCGAUAUUGUGUUUCUCAUAGACGGUUCAAGGAGCAUGACACUAAUAGGAUUCGAGGAAACGAAAUCUCACAUCGAAAAGUUCAUCAGUCUAUUCGAUAUUGGACCUUCAAAGACCCAGGUCGGAGUCAUUGUGUUUGGAAGUUCGGCCGUUAUCCAGUUCAACCUUAACAAAUACAACUCGGCUGAUGGCGUGAAACAUGGUCUUCAGGAUAUUGAAUAUCCUAAUGACAACACUGAUGUUACUGCGGAGGCAUUAAGACUGGCGAAAAGUUCUAUGUUUACUCCCGGGGGCGGAAGUCGUGCGGGCGCCGAAAACGUCGUCAUCCUUUUAACCGAUGGUUAUAGUCGGACAUCCGAUGACAACCAAGUGGCAGCAGGCGAACUCAAGGCCGCCGGGAUCACGAUCUACACGGCUGGACUCGACGGCCCAAACCGAGAGGAAAUGGAGUCCAUAGCUUCCGGGAAGAAUUAUUAUUUUUCCGUGAAGAACAAUGACGGCCUUGACAACCUCCGGGAUCUUUUAGCAGUCACAACAUGCACUAAUACUGGUGGAUGUCUGUGUGUCAAUGGCGGGUCAUGUUUUGCCGGAAGCACAGAGUGUCAAUGUCCGCCGCCGUUCACCGGUCGGGGUUGUUUAUAUGAGAUCAUCAAUUCGACGCUACUAAAGGGACGUGCCAAGGAGGCUGUUGAAAAACGGACCAUGUGACAGCUGAACGAAAUGCAGUUUUGAGGGGUUCGCUUGGAGAUAGAUAGAACUAAUUUUAGCAAGGUGUAACUUGUCAAAGAUGCAGGGGAAACCUGAUAAGAGAUAAACUCUGUGAAAGGAAACUUUACGAAAUAUAUUUUAAAUCACUCGGGCUAUAUGCAAGAUGUGGCGAUAUUUUAGUAUUUUCAGUGUGUACGAGACGUAAUAUUUAUGUUUUAUCUAGGAUUAUUUGUGAACAACAAUACAAAAGCAUGUAUCACAUGUAUCACAUUCAGUUUGAGAAUCACAAUGAAAUCACAAACAAUUAGCAUAAAACAACAAAUAAAGUAUAAUCUCAGGUAUUGGUUGUUAAAAACUUAAUCGGAGAUAAUCGCUGAUGAACAACAAAAAUAAUAGAAAAAAAUACAUGGAUACAAAAACAGAUAAAUUAAUGAUAUGAGGAUUAACAUACCGCAUUGCUUUUACAAAAUUAGGUUUAUCUUUAUACCCUUUACGUAUUGAAACUGGCCGAUACGGCAAUGAUAGAAUAAAUCAUGAGCAUCGAUAUUGUUUAAUAUGUGGUUCUGUUGUCGGUAUUUGUAAAACAUAUGAAAAUAUUCGGAAAAAGUAUAUUUUGAGUGUUGUCAAAUUCAUUGAACUUUUACAAGCAAUUAAUACUUAGGUUCUCCUACGGUUGUGUAAAUUUAUUCACGAAGCAUUUGUUAUACGUUCUAAUAUUGUUAACAAUGAAGUGCAAUAAUGGAAAUGGAUUUAAAUUGUUCUCUUUUGGAUAAAUAACGUAGCAGUCCAACCUCUUUUGAUAUUUUUAUUUAUGCAUGCAAAUGUUUAUUAAUUUUCUUUUUCAUUUAAACAUAUCUUAAUAUGCAAUUAAUUGCUUGAAAUGAUUAUGUCACGUGGUAUAUAAUGUAAAUUUAACUGAUCAUGUAACAAGAAACAAUAUGUUUACGUUACUUA